AUGUACGCACUCUUGCAUGCGGCCGCGUCCGAGCUAACCACUCCGCGUGACGAGGUCGGAUUUCCCGAUCCAAAGUGUGAUUAUGAUGAAGCCAAUGGAAUAUGCUGUGUUCCGCUGACGCAGCCUGUAACGACCAAUAUUCUCCUCUUACGUGGCAACUAUUCCACCAUAACCGUAGCUGUUUUUGGAAUGCCCUGCCUUCUACCCCUUCAGCAAUCGGGAAUAGCCGUGCCGAACUUUUCAGUUCCUCCUCCACCCCUAGUUUCCAACAGUUCCGCAUUUCCAGUUUUUUCAGUCUUAGGCUCUGUGGGGAAUAUUCAGACGCCUUCGCCUCAAUUAACACGGGUUCCGAGUUCUCAAAACUGGCCCACUCAUGCCAGCGCAUUGCCAACCCUAGAUAAGCCUUCUGUUUUGAAUUCAGCCAGCAAGAUCAAUGCAUCAGAUGCAUUGUCAGUUCCGGAGGAAACAUCCGCUAAAACCUCAAGUGAAGCGCUUCCUGCUAGCGAAGACAACGGGGACCAGGAAAAAAUUGUUGAUGGUGUGUCAUCCACUGAUGAGCUUCUUUUUGACAACGAAGAGGCAGAAUCUAAUUCCGCUGUAAACGCUCAACUGUUGGGUCCAGGUGACCCACUUUUGAAGUCCAGCCAUUGGCGGUUUGAUCCCUUUGCUCUAGCCGACCUUUCUGAUGAGUCCCUGCCUGCAGUAAAUCGACGAAGACUUCCCAGUCCUACCUUGACACUUUUUGAGGUUCAUAGGUGGCUCCUUUCAACCGAAUCAUCAGAUCUCGAAGAGGAGGGUAGAGAAGAGGAUAAAAAUCCCACCUAUUCUUCUCUGUUGACGCCACCACCCCCUGACAGAAACACUUCGAAGCAGGAUGCAGAUCGUCUUCUCAAGGCAUGCAAUACGUUUGGCAUUGAGGCGGAGAAAUUAGAGGCUGAGUGGUUAAACAGUGUCGAGGAGCUAAUUCCUUCUCUACCAUCGAGUUUGGCCUACCUCUCUCUUUACAAACCAGAAGCAUACGAAUUCGCUUCUAGCUGCCUGAUCGUCUGGGUUCGCGCCGGCCUCCAGCUAGACAGCGCUCUCCGUCAACCCGACUCCGUGGACAUUCUACGUCACCUUCGCGUUGGCGUGGAGUUGGUCGGCGUCCUGCUCUCCACAACGUGCGAGGCACUGGGAGCUCGCCUCCUCCAAUCGACUCUCUCCCCCAGCACCUCCUCUGGUUUCCACGUUCAGCACAUGUUGAUGGAUCUGCUCGAAUCUCCGCUCAUCUCCACUCCCCUCCGACUGCAAGUGGUGGGUGCGUUGGAGCGAAGUUUGAGUGCAGGGAUGAUCGGAUUCAAUGCAUUUGUGGGCCAGGAGAGAGGGGUCGGAGAUGUCGGGGAUGGGGAACGAGCGUCGACCCCCUAUGAGAGGUCCGUUCCCGUGGCUCUAGCGUGCAAUCGUGUCCUGGCAAAGAAGUCGACGGCCGGGGAGGCUUCACUGCAAGAGGAGGUGGGGAAGGAGUACGCCUUACAAAUGCACCUCGCCACCAUUUCUCGUACGAUCACCGACCCUGAAUCUGUCCUCUCACCUCUACCGAAGGACGCACCAAAAUUGAAGUCACUCAAGUCACUCAUUGACCCCUCUCCAGUGCUCUACAGGCUUCUAGACUCAAUUCAUUUUCUCGAUCACCUCAUCUGGCUACUGAGCCAGACACCUCGUCGACCGGUGUGCCCAACUGCUGUCGCUGACGCCGCUCGGCGGACCCUCGCAGCCCUCCUGAGCACCCCUGCAGGCCUCCUAUUCCUCGCCUCGACACCUGCCUCGGCUGGCCAAAUCCUUCGCGCCCAUUUGCGGCAGCAGCGGCGGGGACAACGACGACUGGGCCUUGAAAUGGCUACCAAGAUGGAGGCACUCAGUUGCAUUGAUACCCUCAUUGCGAUUACGAGGCGUAAAGGUGAAACAGGCUGUCAGCGGUAUAUGAUGGAAGCGGCAACGUCAGAGGCAGCGAACAGUGAGGCCGAUCCACUGUACUCCGCCCUUUUUGCACUAGCCCGUCUCUUCCUCACGCCUACCUUUGCACCUUGGGCUGCUGAGGUAGUGUCCGCUGAAGGCGGAGAUUUUUUCGUCCCCUAUCUCAUGCUUCUCGAGGCUGCACAUCGACAUUCCUCCACUGCUGCUACUACCACUUGUGCCACAGGCGUGGCUGCGACUACGGUGGAAGAGAGUGAACAAGGCAAAUCGGAAACUGAAUCCAAAUCGGAGUCAUCACAACAACAAAAUCAGGAUCAGGGUGAACAUGGACGACCGUGUGAGGCCCUGCUCUCGCGUCUGGGCUUCUCAAGCGACCGAAUGGAGAUUGAUAGUCUCCUUUCCAUCAUCACCAUAGGAGUGCUACGCCACGCCUCUGAUGUGCGCUACCUGGAACGAUUUGCGCCCCGCCUUCUGCGCAUUGUACAGCCAACCACAUGGGAAGAGCGCCUUUCCAGUCUAUCACCCUCUGAGCUCUUCUCCCACCAACGCACUUUUUCCGAAGCUGGCGCUCCCUGGCUCUUCUGGCUGCGCGAAGCUUCCAGCCCCACCCUCAUCACCUCUCCCACCGAGCUCUUCACUUGGUACGCGGAUCAGCUAAGUCCUCUCGUCGAAGUGUGUGAAGACAGUCUAACUGCCCCUCCACCCGCUCUUCUCCUUCUCCUUCGCCUCCUCCGCUCUGCUCUCACUGACAGCGGCGCCAGAGCCAUCGAUAUCGAGUUUAGUGUGAUUGAGCUCUACGCUCGAGGUGGUCUUGCCAGCCUUUCCACCCUUGUUGACUGUACCGCCGACCACCUCCUUCUUCAGCAGUCAAACUCUCGAGGCUUUUGUCGAGGUCCUGCUGAGACGAUUGCCGCUGAUAUGAUGGCGGAGGGCGUGGCAAUUCUCGCGCACCUGGUUGUCGCGUUGGCGGAAGCAGUUGAGGAGGACUUCCGAGAUAGGACGCCAGUGAAGGCUGUCUGUAGAGCUUAUGCUGCUGCUUCUGUGGUGCCUAACCGAUUGGGUGAAAAGAUUCGAAGGAAUGUUCUUCGGUGCAUUUCUGCCUACUCUCUGGCGAGUCAGGAUAUGGAGACAUCAGAGGGCACUGAAAAGGACCUCUGGUCGUUGGUGUGCCGGGAACUCUUCGCUUUCACCAUUUCCUCGCCAUCCUUUUUCCUUCCGGGUCUACAGCUUCUGCUGGAUAUGCUUCCACUGUCGUUGCCGGUGGAGACUCUGAAGGGUCUCUCAUCGUCGGAGCGACAAGCUGUGAUCACCACCCGUGAUUGGUGGUGCCAGCGCCUGACCUGUGACCUUGCAGUGGAGAUAUGCGGCCUUGUCGAAGUGCUCAGUACAAGUCUCCCCGGCGGAGCGCUUUGGCGACGUCUGACGGUCUUUGUGGACCGUAUUACAUCCCUCGGCUCCUCCACUCUACCCCAGAUGCUUGCCGUGUCUGCCGCGGAGACCCUUCUCGAAGUCUACCAAGCUACCAAUGCUGAAGUCGGCAGUGGAGGUGGUUUUGGUGAUGAUGUCCAACAUCAGGAGGCGCCUGAUUCAACAACUACGAUGGUAGCUACGGUGGGAGCUUCUUGUGCAGUGGACUUCAACCUUCCCCUAGCCAUUAAGACGCUAACCUCGGGCAGCAAGUUAGUGCUGGGUGCUCAGCAGCCACCAACCCUGCCAGAUCAGCCUGUCCCCACGUCACAACCUUCGCUACCUCCAUCGUCAGCAGCAGCAGUUAACGAAGAAAUUGUCGCCUUCGGCAAAGUUGUGGAUGUCUCUGAAGUUCUACACGCUCUCUCCCUCCUCCACUUUAUCCUGCAACAGCCGAUUUGCAAGCAGGCUUUUCUCGAUCUUAUUCGGAAAGACUUCUCGUCGACAUCGACACCUCGGCUCUCCAGAAGCCACCGCCUUCUGCUCAUCUUUUCGAGCAUUUUGGAAGGAGUCCAUCCACCUGAGUCCCAAUGCCACUUGGAAGCGCAGGCGAAGGUCAUUGAGUGCGUCAACUGUCUGUUGGACACUAGUAUAGGUCUGAAGGGGAACUGUGACCCUUCUGACCCUCUCUUUGAUCUUGCCAAUUAUCUGCCCCCAACUGAGUGGCUGAGUGACCUUGUUGCCUGUCUGCUGACUCAUCUUCAUCCUUCUGAAAGGGCUUCUACGCCAUCGGCAGCCCAGGUCCUAUGCAUUCUUCAUCGUCUUGCUCUUCAUGAUUUUGGAUUUGCAGUUAUUCAAAGACACCUCUGCCAGAAGCAGCACGAGCGCGUGCUCGCAAAUCUACUGCAGGGUCUUAUCGAUCGCUUCAGCACCGAGUGCCGCGCCACCCUGGGUGCCUUUCUCCUCCUUACCAGCGCUCUCCUCGCCGACCCAAUCUUUGCGGAGGAGGCGGUUUUAGCUGCUGGAGCUGUCGCCCAGUCUACCUCCACCACGGGGCUAGCAGAGCGCCAAUUACGCCUCUCCACAUUGCAGUUGAGGCAGCUGCUCAGUUGGAGCGGUGGUAGGUCGGAGAAUUUGGUGAAGGAGGUGGCUUCUGGACUGGACAUCGCAAUGUCAGGCGCCACAGAGGCAGAUUCCUCUACUUUCCGUUCUCUUCGCGAUGGCGUGAAGAGUCUAAUGCAUCUGCUAGCUGGUCCGGAGGACAUUUCCACCGACGCCGACGUCGCUGCCAAUUUCGACACUGUCCAGCCUCUCUCUAUUCCCCUUCUCCCCACCCCCUUGACCCUCGCGGAACUCUACAGCCACCACAACAACCUCCUUUUUGAUCGUCCAGUGAAAGACCUAUCCCAUCUUCUAGCUGCUCGCCGUAGCCUCCACGAUGUCCUCCUUCCUUCGUUCCACUCCACUGCCAUCGAUUCUCCUCAGAGUCACUCCCAUACCAUCAACUUGCUCGAUUACGCCAGCCACGUCUGUCCAGGUGUAGAUUUGAGGGCAGAGAUGGCAGCGCUGAGCAGUACCAGACGUCGCAGGCGAGAUAUGGAAGAUUCUGAGGCCAUGAUUCAUCACAAGAGACGCAGAAAGGGCCAGGCCUCCGAUAUCAUUCAGACGGGCCGAUCGGCCAAGAAAUACGUUGCUCCAAUGCGUGGCCGAGGCUUCACCAUUCGUCAGUCAACCCAAUCCUCUAGUGGAGGCGGAAGUGGCGGUGGUAGCGCUAACGUUGGUGGUAGCGUUAGUGGCGGAACUGGUGGUUCCAGCCUUCUGGGUGUAGGUGUGACUACCAGUGGUGGUAUCGGUGGACGCACAGACGUCUUCCGAUCUCGACCCCAGAAUACCAGCCGGCCGCCUAGUCUGCAUGUGGACGACUUUAACAAGUUGGAGAAGGAUGAGGGGAAUGCUGGCUCAGGAACCGUCCAUGAGCUACCCUUUGGCCGUGACAGCGGCGGACUUCGUGGGAUUCGUGAAUCCACCUCGUUUAGAGGUGGACGAGGUGGUGGGAUGGUGGGUAGUCAGAGAGUCCUCUCCACUCUGCCCUUUGUUGGACCCACUCCCGUGACCUGUGGUAUUCUUCCAUCACCGGUGGUUCCGCUGCAGUCCUGGCCUACCAACCAAUCACUCAACCAUCAUCUCCUGACCCUCACAAACCCGACGGUGCCGAACCGUUCAGCGAGUGGAAAUAUGCCACCUCCGCGUAUCGAUUAA